CGGGAGCUGGGGCGCAGGGUGAGAGCUCGUCACCCGCCGUCCCGUCCGGGGGGGACCGUCCCGGCGACUCCCCGCCGGGCGCCUGGCCCUCCCGGCGGCGCGCGCCGUGUUUGCACUUUGCAAAGCUCUCAGGCCGCCUCAAGGGCUCUUCCUGCACCUCGGCGCCGGGCUGGGGUGCUGGAAGCGGGACGCACCUCCCUCCCCGCAGCCACCACCACCCCUUCCACCACCCUCCAGCCUGGGUGUGUGGAGACUUCGUUUCCCCAAACGCAGACGCCGUUGCGCCGAGGGUGGGUCGGAGUCGCGGUGCAGAAUUUCUUCCAACUGCUGGUGCCCCUCUCUCUCCCGCGGCCGUCCGCCCUCUGCAGGGACAUCUCUACACUGUUCCCACCCGGGAGCAGGGCAACAUCUACAAGCCCAACAACAAGGCCAUGGCAGACGACAUGAACGAGAGGCAAGUGUACGACGUGCAUACCAAGGAGAUCGACCUGGUUAACCGGGACCCCAAGCAUCUCAACGACCACGUGGUCAAGAUUGAUUUUGAAGAUGUGAUUGCCGAACCAGAAGGAAUACACAGUUUCGAUGGCAUCUGGAAGGCCAGCUUCACCACCUUCACUGUGACGAAAUACUGGUUUUACCGCUUGCUGUCGGCCCUCGUGGGCAUCCCACUGGCCCUCCUCUGGGGCAUUUACUUCGCCAUUGUUUCUUUCGUGCACAUCUGGGUGGUUGUACCAUACAUUAAGAGUUUCCUGAUCGAGAUUCAGUGCUUCAGCCGUAUCUAUUCCAUCUGCAUCCACACCCUCUUUGACCCACUGUUUGAGGCUACUGGCAAAAUAUUCAGCAAUGUCCGCAUCAGUGUACAGAAAGAAAUAUAAAUGACAUUUCAAGGAUAGAAGUAUACCUGAUUCUUUUCUUUUCCUUUGAAUGUUCUUGGUGCCAAUAUCAAGUUUUGAGUUGCUAGUACGGCAACAAUAUAUGAGUGAAUUUUCUUGGUUCAUAACAAAGAAAUCACUCUCUUAGUUUUCAUAACUAUUAUGUGUCUCUUCUGAGCUAUUUCAUCUAUUUUUUUUUUUGGUCUAAAUUUUUAAACCCAUUUAAAAUGUUUUCCUUGCAUUUUUAUUUGCAUGUGGGGUCAUUGUUUUAUUGCCUGAGAUAUGAAUGAGAGAAAUAUGAAGAACCAGUGACCUCAACUGCCUAUUCUAAAAUGUUGAUCAUUUUAUGGUAAGGGAAGAAUUCCGGGCUAUGGCCAUUUGUUGUACAGGUAUGUGGCUGGUUUUAAAUUCUUCCCUUACCAUCUGAAGUGUUAGUGGAUUGCUGUCACUCAUUUUAAUGAUCCAAUGGGAUCUAGUGGUAUUUAUCAAAUUAGAACACCUACUCUGCAUUCACACAGUCUGACUGCCUUACCCUUCUGAAAAUGUGAGACUCUCUGUUCCUGAAUAUCUGUUACACAGAUAAUGAGACUUAAGUGCCUUCCUGUUCAUCAUAUUUUCCUUCUCAAAUGGGGUCUCGCUGGUCAGUUUUCAUUAAGUCAGCAACCUCUCUGGAGACCAAAAUUAGAAAAUCCAUUACCUAGUUCUCCCCACUUGUUUCUGACUCUGAGCACAGAGUCGGAUGAAGUUCCUGUCUGCACUUGAUCACACACCAUCGUUAUCCAUAUCGAGAAUGGCCCAUCUCAGCCCAAUGAGGUGAAUUAAGGAGGACACAUGGGGCCGAGUCCUCUCUGGACUGGCAGGCAUGGCAGCCAGCUUUCCUGCCUCUUCAGCUGAAUGAGGUCAGCAUGUCUAUUCAGCUUCGUUUAUUUCCAAGAAUAAUCACGCUUUUCCUGACUCCAAACUAAUCCAUCACCGGGUGUUUUAGUGGCCGAACAUUGUGUUCCCUUUUCAGCUGAUCAGGGGGCCUCCGGGGAAAGGCUCAUAAAAUGGAGGCCAUUGUGUGAGCCGGUCAGAGUUGUUGCACACGUGACCGCUUCGAAGUAAAGCACUGGCAACCGCCUGUUGUGCUGUGACACAUGGCCCCUCUACCCGCCAGGAGCUUUGGGCCUAAUCCAAGCAUCACUCUGCUCAGAGGGAAGAUGGGGGAGGAGGCAGUAAUAAAAGAUGGGGAUCGUUUUGCUGGAAUAAAUUCAAAUUCUUCUAAACUCAAACUGAGGAAUGUUACCUGUAAACCUGAGUCAUGCCGAACUCGGCCUGGUACACCCGAAAGCUUUUUAUUCCUCCUGCUCAUAUUAAGAUUCUGCCCUUGGGGAAUUUAUGUUUAACCUUCAGGUAUGCUUUCACUUUUAGUUCCAUACACUUGUGGGAACUCUGCUUGAUGGUUUUUUGUUGGUUGGUUGUUGUUUUUUUUUUUUUGCCUCUUCCAGUUUUCCUGACACUUUACUUACCAACUUGUUACUGACUUUGAUGCUUUGCAUUUAAAACAGACACUGGCAUGGACAUAGUUUUACCUUUAAUCUGUGUACAUACUGAAGAUGUACUACACUGCAUACUUUUUAAGUGUAAAGAUAUGUUUAUCUUUAUGUGAGGAAGAUCACUUGGGAGAUGGCUUUGUGAUUCAACCUGUAAACUGUGUGUCCCAAGACAUGUCUGUUCUACAUACAUGCUUAGUUUCCUGUGCAAAUCAAAUACUGGCCCGAAAGAUGGCUGAAAUUUUAUAUGCUUACUGAUAUGUUUUACACUUUUUUAUCUGCAUGGCCUGUAAAGGUUAUAAGUCUACACAAUAAAAAUGUUUAACAGUUCUGCA